AUGAUGGAGCUGAAUCUGUGCCGGAUAGAGCACCGGCGCAGACUACGUUUGGCAUCAGCAGGUCUGCCCCAAAAGCAACUUCGCGAGGCUCUUCACACAUGCAUCUGUGAUUGCUGCGGCGCCCUUGUGCUGGGAACGCGCUUCAAAUGCAUCGAAUGCUCAGACUUCGAUUUGUGUGCUGGGUGUUUGCGCAGCGGCGCUCCGCCGCAGCGUGCAUCUCCCGAGUCGUCCCAUUGUGACAAUCACGCGCUGGCGGUGCUCCGCAGGAUCACAGACAAAGGCCAGGUAGCCCGUGCCUUCCACUUUGCUCAGGCCAUGUGCAAGCCUCCAACAUGCGAAGAAGCAGCUCCGACGGUUGCGACCUUUGCAGGCCUCUGCGAACGGGGCUGUCAGCGCCAGGAGGCUGGAGUAGUUGCAAUCUGCUCCCGGUGCGGCUCCCCGGCCUGCUCAGCGUGCUUCCUUUGCUGCCCUGGGGCACCUGCUUUGCGCUUUCCCGUUCGUAGCCAGGAAGAGGCCAAGAUGCUGCUCGGCCGCGCGAGGGCCGUGGUGCAGCGGCUCCCUGCCGAGGAUUUCAGGAAGGAGCUGGGCCCCGUGCAGUUUGGGCCACACCUUCCAGUAUCGCCAGUAUCACAGGAGACCCAAUCCGGCUGCAAGAUUCGGACCAUGAGCCGGCUUGACAUGGAGGCUGUGCUCUCUGUGGAGAGCAUCUGCUUCAUGGAGCCCUACUCCCGGGAAACCUUCGAGGAGCUGCUGCGUCUGGGCUCAUCACGUUCGCUGGUGGCUUUGCUGGAUGGAUCUUUCGCUGGAUACCUGAUUCUAGAUGUUGGCCGCUGCGGGCGCCCGGGCCAAGCAGCCUACAUUGUCAGCCUGGCAGUUCUGCCUACUUGCCGGGGCCGUGGGGUGGCGGAAAGCCUCAUGAGGCAAGCCAUCUCGGAUGCAAACUCUUCAGGAGCGGCCAGCGUUCAGCU